AUGGUUUUGACCGCUGCCGAUGCUAAGAAAUUGACGGUUCCCCGUUUAAAAGACGAACUUUCGAAACGCGGCCUUGAAACUUCCGGAAACAAAGCCGAUUUGCUCGCGAGACUUAUUGAGAGCAUUGAAGCUGACGAAGAUUCAAUUUUAAAUGACACAGUUCCUGGAGAUCUCCCACUGCCAAGCGAAGAUAUUUUGAAUGAAGAUAUACUCGAUGCUCCAAGUAUCAAUGGGGAUGAUGAUAAAUUGCUCAACACGUCAACUGAAGAAGCCUCGGAGGUUGAAAUUAAAAAAGAUGAAACCUCACAGAAUGAUCAGCAGAAGAAACCCGCUAGCCACGAGGAGACGAAACUCGCUAGAGCCGCCAGGUUCGGCCUCCCAGUUGGAGUAACAGCUACCGCGGAAACUCUGGCUUCAACUGCUGCCAAGGAAGCAAGAGCAAAACGUUUCGGUGUCACUGCCAAUGCAGAAGUGUUAAGCUCUGAAGAGAAAAAAGCGAAACGCGCUGAACGAUUCGGAAUCACUGGAACCGACGUCUCAACAAAAGAUAAGCUGGCGGCGCGGGCGGCGAGAUUCGGAAUUCCAGUGAAUGCUGAUGGCAAGAAGACUAUAGAUACAAGUGACGAGAAGCUGAAAUCCAGAGCUGUGAGAUUCGGGCUUAUUGAUGCCGACGCUGAAGCCAAGAAAAAAGCGAGAUUGGAACGAUUUGGGGCUUCAACUUGA